AUGGCAGCAAGCGAUCAAGAUGGGAGGAACAUAAGUCAGGAAGUAGACGAGGUAAGAGAAAGAAUGAAUACAAUGGAAGAAUUGUUACGAGCUAUGGCAGUAUCCAUCAGUAUGCUUGGGGCAAAUGGGGCCGCAGGGAAUGCGCAACAGCACUCAACAACUCAGCCGGGCGAUGCCCAAGGGAAUAACGGGAUGGGAAACGCAAACGGGCAACCGCAUAUUGGUGAAGGAUAUCAAUCAGUGGAGGAUGCCAACGCUGAAGUACAUGGACAAGCUGGGCAGAAUGGACAGGCAACAGGGACCCAAUUUGGGAAUGGCCGUGUCUCUGAUCAGAAGGACAAGGUAAAGGAUGGAUGGAUGGAGAAGAUGGAAGAGAAGAUCAAAGCUAUUCAAGGUCCUAGUGCUUACGGAUCUCUUGGGGUGGAGGAAUUAUGCUCCGCGACAGACGUGAUUAUCCCUAAAGAUUUCAAGGUCCCAGAUUUUUCUAAGUAUGAUGGAAGUACAAACCCAAUCAUCCACCUGAAGACGUACUGCACGAAAAUGGCAAUAUGGUCCAAGGAUGAGAAUUUCCUUGUUAGUUUCUUCCAUGAGAGUUUGGCUGGUCCUGCAUUAGAGUGGUACAUCCAGAUGGAUCAUUCUAAAAUUGGUUGUUGGAAAGACUUGGCAGAUGCGUUCAUGAACCAAUAUCGAUUCAAUUUAGAUACUGCCCCAACUAGAGAACAAUUGGCAGCUUUGCAAAAGGAGAACAAAGAGACCUUUAAGCAAUAUGCCCAAAGAUGGAGAGCUCUUGCUGCACAAGUCCAACCUCCGCUGACACUAUCUGAGAUGUGUUCAUAUUUCCUAGGGACUUUAGGAGCUCCAUAUGUUGGGUCAAUGGCCGGUGCUGCAUAUCGGGAUUUUGCUGAUCUCAUAGCUGCAGGUGAAAGAAUUGAAAUUUUAGCCAAAGCUGGGAAGUUGCCAAUGGACUAUAGACAGAGUAGUCCUCCCAAAAAAGGAUUGCAACCUAAGAAACGAGAAUCCGAAGUGAACCAUGUCAGGCAUCAGCAAUCUUUUAUGCCUCGACAUCCUACACCAAACCCAAGCCACCAAAUACUAUCAUACAAUCCCUUUCCAUUUACAUCUUACCAAACCCCCACACAAAACUUCCCAAACUUAAACGCUGCACCAACCCCACAAUUCCAAGUCAACAACAUACCAAUGACACCACGGUAUGCACCAACUCGUCCGUCUUAUGCACCUCAUCCCACACGUCCACAGUAUCGUCCAAAUCACGCUCAACCACAUCAAAACUCCCAAAAUCAAAGUCUUCCACCUUUCCCUAAACUAUCCAUUUCUAAUGCUGAUUUGUUCCAACGACUGUUUGACGCUCACUUAAUCUCAGAAAGUCCCGUACGUCCAAUGCAACCCCCAUUCCCAGCUUGGUAUAAUCCAAAUUCUACUUGUAGAUAUCAUAUGGGAGUUGCUGGACAUUCCAUUGAAGAUUGUGAAGCAUUUAAAACAGCAGUAAGGAAACUGAUUGCUUGUGGUAGGCUCGACAUCCAAGAAGAGACCGGGCCUAAUAUUGUCAAUAACCCCAUCCCGAAUCAUGGGGGAAAGAAUCAAGUGAAUGCUGUGGAAAUAGAGAAUGCAGCGAUCAAGAAGGUUUUGAGUUUGCAUACACCCAUGUCAGAUAUAUGGGAAGGAUUGAAGAAAGCUGGUUAUGAUAUCACGGUACCAGGAUGUUCAAUGAAGGAUGAAGAAAAGUAUGAUAUAGAGUCGAGUUGUGCCUAUCAUAGCGGGCACGUGGGACAUGAUACUGAAAAUUGUUGGGAUUUCAAGGUCCGUGUCCAAGGCUUGAUUACAUUGGGUGUCAUACGGGCCAGGCGAAAGGAUACUUUUUCUGAAGAAGUUAGUGUGGUAGAGCGCUUCAUACUUCGAGUGCCACCCCUUAACCAAAAUCCUUUGCCUGAAAAGAUGGUAAUGAAGGUGAAGAAACCAGCGCCUUUUCCUUACGAUGAUACUCAUGCAAUACCGUGGAACUACAAGACAAGCGUUGAAGAAAUUGGGAGUGCUUCGAGAGCCCAUACUGACAACCCUCAUUUGGAGGAGGAAUCAACGGAUGCAAUAAGAGUCGGGGAAAUCACAAGGAGCGGGAGAUUUUAUGGCCCUAAAGAACCAGAAAAGAGAAAAAGUAACAAGGAGGAUGAAGCUGAAGAAAUCAUCGCCAGUGAAAUGAAAGGUAAAGGAGAGGAAGAUGAGCUUUUGAAGAUCAUGAAGCAAAGUGAAUAUGAUGUAAUGGAACAGUUGAAGAAAACUCCAGCUAGGAUAUCACUUCUAUCACUAAUCCUCUCAUCAGAAUCUCAUCGAAAAGCACUCAUGAGUAUGUUGAGUGAGGCUUAUGUCAAGUCAGAUGUUACUCCUGAAAAUGUGGUCAACAUGGUAGAUCCAGUGAAGCAUGUUAACAUGAUCACGUUCUCAAUUGACGAAAUCGUUUGUCCAUAUGAGAAGACCUCGAGAGCUCUGCAUAUAACUUUGAAAUGUAGAGGGUAUAUUAUAGCCAAGGUUUUGAUUGACGGAGGAUCAGCACUAAAUGUCCUACCCCUGUCAACUUUGUCUCAGCUAUCAAUGAGCACGAAUGAUCUAACCCCUCAAGAGAUGAUUGUGCGAGCUUUUGAUGGUACAAAGAGAGGAAUUCUAGGGGAGAUAGUUUUACCCUUAGAGAUAGGCCCGAGUAAUUUUCAGGUUUUAUUCCAAACCAUGGAUAUUGAACCUGCCUAUACCAUGCUCUUGGGUAGACCUUGGAUCCAUGCAGCAGGUGCUGUGCCUUCUACCCUGCAUCAAAAGGUCAAAUAUAUCGAGAAUGAGACGAUUGUCACCAUCCAUGGAGAAGAAGAAAUCAUGGUUUCGAAACCAGUCUCAGUACCGUAUGUUGAAAACACAGACUCGGUAGAAGGGAAUGGAUUGCAUAGUUUCGAAGUUGUUGAAUCUAGUUGCAAAAAAGAUGCAUCACUGGGGCAAAGUGUGAAUGAGAUAAUCGCUCGAAUUAUGGCCAAGAGUGGAUAUAAGGUGGGUAAAGGUUUGGGCUCGCAGCUGCAAGGUAGCCGGUCACCUGUAAUGAUUCCAGAAAAGUCAAAUAGAUUUGGGUUAGGUUAUGAAGGGUCGUUUGAAGAAGAAGUUGGGAGUAUGUCUUUGGGAAAAAGAGGCAAGAAGGGCAAGACGCAACAGAUUCCCCAUCUAAGAGAAACAUUCCCGGUGCCAGCAGAGAUUAUUAUGCCUGAAGAGAUCGUUCAUCUUCCAUGCCGCCUCCAUAUCAAUGCACUAGAUGACGAAGACCUAGGAGGAUGCAGCACAAUUCGUCCGUCCACUAAUGAUGAAGCAUUGAAGAAUUGGCAGACAGAGCCCGUUAUUGAUGUGAUUGCUAUAAAGAAUCUUGAUCUCAUUGAAACUUUGCCUCACGAAAGGGACCUUGAAAACUCACCGAUUGAUCCCUUUAUGGCUAUCAAUGAAGAGGAUCCAGAGUCUGAUGAGGAGCAAAUAGUAGAAAAACUUUCAAAGUUGUUGGAAGGCUCCGAAAAGGAAUUUGACUUGAAUGAUCAGGCGUUUGAGUUGAUUAAUAUGGGCACUGAGGAAGAGAAGAAAGAAUUGAAAAUUGUUGAUAAUCCCGAGAGGGAAGAGAUGAUUCAAUUAUUCAAAGAGUAUCUAGAUGUCUUUGCAUGGACUUAUCGAGAUAUGCCUGGAGUAGAUCCAAGGAUUGCAUCACAUAAAAUUCCCUUGUACCCAGAUGCUGAACCAAAAAAGCAGAAGUUAAGGAGGAUGCGUCCAGAUAUAUCCCUGAAAAUUAAAGAAGAGGUGACAAAGCUGUUGGAGGCUGAAUUUAUAGAAGUCUCAAUAUACCCAGAUUGGGUAGCCAACGUAGUGCCUGUGCCUAAAAAGGAUGGAAAAAUCCGGGUGUGUGUAGACUACAGGGAUUUAAAUAAAGCUUGUCCGAAGGACGAUUUCCCACUUCCUCAUAUUGAUGUGCUUGUUGAUAAUACGGCCAAGUAUCAUACAUUCUCAUUCAUGGAUGGAUAUUCGGGGUAUAAUCAAAUCCUCAUGGAUGUCGAUGAUAAAGAAAAAACUGCUUUUAUUACUCCUUGGGGGACAUUUCGUUAUAGAGUGAUGUCAUUUGGACUAAAGAAUGCAGGAGCUACUUAUCAGCGCGCUAUGGUUGCAUUAUUCCACGACAUGAUGCACAAGGAGAUUGAAGUAUAUGUGGAUGACAUAGUUGCUAAGUCAAGAGAAGGGGAAAGUCAUGUGACAGUCCUGCAAAAGUUGUUCGAACGACUCCGGAAGUACAAGUUGAGAUUGAACCCUAGCAAAUGUGUUUUUGGCGCAUCCUCAGGAAAAUUGCUCGGUUUUAUUGUUAGUAGAGAAGGAAUACAGGUGGAUCCGGAAAAAGCAAAAGCAAUACGAGAUAUGCCUGCCCCUAAAUCAGAGCGAGAUGUGAGAAGCUUCUUGGGACGACUUAAUUAUAUUGCUAGAUUCAUUGCAAACUUAACUAGCACUUGUGAGCCUAUCUUUAAGCUAUUGAGGAAGAACCAACCAGGGAAGUGGGAUGAAGAUUGCCAAAAGGCGUUCGACAGAAUAAAAGCUUACUUAUUGAAUCCCCCUAUCUUGGUACCGCCAACACCAGGUCGCCCUUUGAUUUUGUAUUUGACUGUGCUGCCUACCUCCAUGGGAGCAAUGUUGGGGCAACGUGAUGAGUCAGAUAGGAAAGAGCAAGCUGUGUACUACAUUAGCAAGAAGUUCAAUGAAUGUGAGGUUCGUUACAUGGCAAUCGAGAAAACGUGUAGUGCUCUAGUGUGGAGCUCAAAAAGACUACGACAAUACAUGUUGUAUUACACCACUUGGUUGAUAUCUCGAAUAGAUCCCUUGAAGUAUAUAUUUGAAAGCCCUCAUAUUUCUUUGAAGGUCUCAAAAUGGCAGAUGAUAUUGUCAGAAUUUGACAUCCAAUACGUAACUCGGAAGUCGAUCAAGGGAAGCGCAAUUGCAGACCACCUAGCUGAAAAUCCCCUCGAAGACGACCAAUCAAUGCAAAUUGAAAUUCCAGGCGGGGAAAUAUUGGCAGUAGAAGAAGAUGAGAUUGAGGAAAGUGCAUGGAAAAUGUAUUUUGAUGGGGCAGUUAAUAUGCACGGCAGUGGCGUAGGAGCAGUAGUCAUUUCACCAACUGGCAAACAAUACCCAGUGGCCAUCAAGUUGGGCUUUGAAUGCACCAAUAACAUUGCAGAAUAUGAGGCUUGUGCAAGCGGUUUGCGUCUUGCAAUCGAUUUAGGAGUAAAACAGUUGGAAGUAUUUGGGGAUGCAGCGCUUAUCAUUUACCAAGUGAAUGGCGAGUGGCAGACCAAAGACGUGAAGUUAGUGCCCUACCAAAAGUACUUGACUCGUUUGAUUGCAGAAUUUGAAGAAAUAGAAUUCUCGCAUUUAACUAGAGACAAGAAUCGAUUUGCAGAUGCCCUAGCCACGUUGGCUGCGAUGACCAAGCUGGAUAUCCAUAGUGAUGUCCAACCCAUCCAAGUUGAGAAGAGAGAUGAACCAUCUUACUGUGCCAGUGUGGAGGAGGGGCCAGAUGAGUACCCAACUGGGGCAAACGAAACCCAUAGAAAGACCGUUCGCCGGUUAUCGAUGGCUUUUUUCUUGAAUGGAGAAGUUUUGUACAAGAGAAGUCAUGAUGGCACCCUUUUAAGAUGCGUAGAUGCUCGUGAAGCUCAUUCAAUCAUGAUUGAUGUCCAUGAGGGAAUUUGUGGGACUCAUGCCAACGGACAUAUGAUGACGCGCAAGAUUAUGAGAAGUGGAUAUUACUGGUCCACCAUGGAGGCAGAUUGCGUAGGAUAUGUUCGAAAGUGCCAAAAGUGUCAAAUGUACGCAGAUCGUAUCAAUUCACCGCCUUUUCCACUACACAAUAUGGUGUCUCCUUGGCCGUUCUCAAUGUGGGGAAUAGAUGUUAUUGGCCUAAUCAAUCCAAAGGCCUCGAAUGGGCACCGUUUCAUCCUGGUAGCAAUAGAUUAUUUUACCAAGUGGAUAGAAGCCUCAUCAUAUGCCAACAUUUCACAAAAGGUGUUUGUCAAGUUUCUCAAAAGGGAUAUUAUUUGCAGAUAUGGAGUUCCAGAAAGAAUAAUCACAGAUAAUGCUCCUAAUCUUAACGGCGCAGAAGUACAAAAGUUAUGUGGACAUUUCAAGAUCAAGCAUCACAACUCAGCUCCUUAUAGACCUCAGAUGAAUGGUGCAGUUGAAGCAGCCAAUAAGAAUAUCAAAAAGAUCAUUGCCAAGAUGGUUGUGAGUUAUAAAGAUUGGCAUGAGAUGUUACCCUAUGCUUUACAUGCGUAUCGUACUAACAUACGUACGAGCACUGGAGAAACACCUUUCUCCUUGGUAUAUGGAAUGGAGGCCGUCUCUCCGAUAGAAGUUGAAAUUCCUUCAUUGAGGGUUUUGAUGGAGGCAGAAUUGGAAGAGUCUGAGUGGGUGAAAGCACGAUAUGAACAACUGAACAUGAUUGAAGAGAAAAGAUUGACAGCUCUUUGUCACGGGCAGCUAUAUCAGAGCAGAAUGGCUAAAGCCUUUAAAAAGAAAGUCCGGCCAAGGGAAUUUCGAUCAGGUGAUCUGGUCUUAAAGAAAAUCUUUCCUAAUCAAGAGGAUGCUAGAGGAAAAUGGGCUCCAAAUUAUGAUGGCCCUUAUGUGGUCAAACAUGCUUUUUCUGGGGGAGCGUUAAUUCUACAAGAUAUGGAAGGGCAGGAGUUACGAAGACCAAUAAAUACUGACGCUGUCAAAAGAUUCUAUGCCUAA